AUGCCUGACAAAGUAACGCAGACCGGAAUUCCCUCCCGUGAUUCGGCAAGCUUGAAAACACUGAUUGACGAAGAUCGUUACGCCUCGAGCACAGGUUUGGAGUCAAAUGAAGCAUUCUCAGACAAAGAUCGACCCGACGAGAAAGACUCAACACUUGUAGAGUGGGAUGGCCCUGACGAUCCGGAGAAACCUACCAACUUUUCUCCCGCAAAGAAAUGGUUUAUCACCGUCGUCCUUGGACUAAUGACAAUAUGCGUGACUUUCGCUUCAUCAGUAUUCAGCACAGCAACCGCAGUGACAGCAAAACAAUUUCAUGUCUCAGACGGGGUGAUGAUCCUAGCAACCAGCCUAUUCGUAUUAGGCUUCGCCUUGGGUCCAAUAAUCUUUGGUCCACUCUCCGAAUUAUACGGGCGGAAGCGACCGAUGUUCUUGGGCAUGAUUGUCUUUGCAAUCUUCCAGAUCCCCAUCGCAGUAGCCCGAAACCUCGAGACAAUCUUCAUAUGUCGCUUUUUGGGCGGGGUAUUUGCCAGUGCGCCUCUUGCCAUUGUGUCGGGUAUUUUGGCAGACAUGUUUGAGCCAGUAGAACGUGGAAUUGCCAUCGCCAUCUUCGCCGCUAGCACCUUCGUCGGUCCCGUUGCUGGUCCAAUCACUGGUAGUUUCAUCACAAGGCUCCUAGGGUGGCGCUGGACGGAGUAUAUCACCGCAAUCUGGGCGUUUGCCUUUUCCACCAUUGGCUUUCUUUGCAUUCCGGAGACAUUCGAGGGGACUUUGCUAACAAAGCGUGCCAAGUGCCAGCGCACCAAGACCAAGAAUUGGGCUUUUCAUGCCAAGGCGGAGGAGAGCGUUGUUGGUGCGCAAGAUAUUGCGCUUCGCUAUCUCCUUCGGCCUUUCCAAAUGCUGUUCUUGGAGCCCAUUCUUCUCUUGAUCACGCUGUAUGUUGGUUUCAUCUAUGGGUUCUUGUAUACCUGCUUUGAAGCCUAUCCUAUCUCGUUUCAUUAUGAACGCGGCUGGCAGCAGGGAGUGGCGGCUUUGCCUUUCGUGGCUAUCAUCUGUGGCGUCGCCGUGGCGUGUCUAAUCAUCGUGGCCUUUUCGUUGACACGGUAUCGAAGUAUAAUGCGCCGCACCGGACGAGUCGAUCCCGAGGAGCGGUUAAUCCCAAUGAUCAUUGGGGGUAUCCUGGCGCCCAUUGGAAUGUUUUGGUUUGCUUGGACAUCGAAUCCCCACAUCUCUUGGAUUCCACAAGUCAUCUCCGGAGGCUUUUUGGGGGCCGGGGUGUUGCUGAUCUUCUUGCAGGGACUCAACUAUAUUAUUGAUGUUUAUCCUAUGUAUGCCAAUUCGGCGAUUGCAGCCAAUUCCUUCUUUCGGUCAUGGCUAGGGGCUGGAUUUCCGAUAUUUGCCUUGCCAAUGUUCAAAAAUCUGGGUGUGCCUUGGGCCAUGACUUUGUUGGGAUGUCUCACCGCGGCGCUCUUCCCUGUACCCGUUGCGUUUUUCAUCUAUGGGCCAAAGAUCCGAUCAUGCAGUAAAUUCAGCGUGAAAGGGGAGUAA